AUGCGCGAGACUCUUUCGACAUUCCAAGAUAGUUUCAGCCAUCCCGCAGAGGGUGACCCCGAUGAAGGACUGGUGUCAACCACAGAGGUUUUUCGCUUCCUUCUCUCCGCUAUCGGCGAGGAGAUCACUUGGUACAAUUUGCUAAGAACCGGUGCUUUCCCUAUAAUCUACGGAGGUAUCCAUCUUUCGGCAUGGAACUAUGACUUUGCCUCGCGACAGGAAGGGAUUAUGUGGAAGCACAUGAAGCUCAUCCUCUUUGUCCAAUGUCCCUUGGCUCAACCUGAAGGCUGGCUGCGACGUAAAAUUGACGCUGCCGCUCCUGCUGCUAGAGCGUCUCCCCGAGUCACCAUGGGAACUGGAUGUAUCCGAAUCAUCAUCUGCAGAAAUGAUGUCAUCGUCUACGCAAAGCUUAGGCACCAAAUACUCGACACCACCAAGCAUCAUAUCGCACAUUGA